AUGUGUCUUUCAUACAUAUAUAACUAUACUUUGUUAUUGUUUCUCUUAGUGAAAAAUUUCAAUGAUGUUGAACUUCGUACAAAACUACAAGAACGUCUGUAUUCUGCUCAAUUAAACUCUCCCGACUUGACAUGUGCUAACCAUCAAGGUCAAACGAUACAGUGUCAAAACGGAUUUUGUCAACUAGUUCGUCGUAGUCCAACUUCUGUCGAUCGUCUCUGCGUUUCUCAAGGUCAAGGCACAAAUCCAUCUGGUAUUGUCAUAAAAACCACUACUAAUCCUGCGCUUUACACAGAAAGAAGCUAUACAUAUGCUUGCAAUAAACCUAUGUGCAAUGGAGUCGAAAUCGAAGCAAGUGUACAACGAUUGCUAGAACAGUAUGAGCUAAUACCAUCACCACAAACAAUCGUCACAAUAACUGACAGUCCAAUUGCAUCGGAAUCGACAUCAAUCUAA